UCCUUUUCCUCGUGCGCAUCAAAGAGGUUAACAUUCUAUCGAUUCAUCCAAACAGUCGUAUAUCGACUAUACGGUUUACACAGGCGGUGCCUCCAUUGAGACGAUCGAAUCGCAACUAGCAACACUCGCAGAACUCAACCAAACGCUCGGACAAGUCGAUCCCGUGUGCACUGAUUCAUACUUUCGAUACGCAUGUUCAUUCUAUUAUCCCAAAUGUGGUGCCAGCACUGCCCAACAACAAGAAGUAUGGAUGGGAUGCUCUUCGACAUGUAACGACACGCUGACUACUUGCAAAACCACCUUUACAUUGACGGGCCAAACCUCACUACUUCCUGAUUGUUCUGCCACUUCGCCCAUCACUAAUUCGACUUUACAGCCCGAUGAAAGUUGUAAUUACAUCUCAGCUCACGUUGAUAAAAGCAAGUCUGGCCUGAAUCUAAAAGCGGUACCUGAAGGCUUUGUUAUGGCCGAGUGCCCAGCACCUUUCUUGCGCGAUCCUCAAGCCAAAGAAGGUACAACCGAUACCGCCAAUCCCACCUAUUGUCGCUUCGGAUGCUGCAUGCCAUGCCCCGCUCAAGAUUUGUUUUUUAACGAAGGAUGGACGUCGCACGGUUUCUUGGCCACCAACAUUGUUCGAUUCAUAUCAGCUGUUGCAUCGUUUGUUAUUCUGAUCAGUUACUUGGUGCUACCCGACAAGAGAAGACAUCCUUCGCUUUUAAUUUUGAACUUGUCAUUGGCCAUCUUUCUGUUCAGUAUGGUGGUCUUUUUCUCAAUCGGCGAUACGAAACGGUUACAGUGUGCUGAUGCUAUCAACCCUAGCGACCAAAAUAACAAUUUAUUGUGUGCAGCUCAAGGCGCCAUCUUGUGCUUUGCUUCAUUGGCCACCGUUCUGUGGUGUGCAGCAUUGAUUGUCAACUUGCACGUCCACACCGUGUGGAACUCGAACUUUUUUACCAACAAGUACAUUUACUUGCAAGUAUUCUGCUGGGGUGUCCCCACCGUGUUCAUGGGCGUCGUGCUAGGCCUGCAUCAAGUCAAGUUUGAGUUUGCCAAUCUGUGUCUGGUGUCGGUCGAGUAUAUCUUUGACUUGUUCUUUUAUCCCAUGGCCGCCAUUGUGUGUCCGGCAUUCUUGUUGCAUAUCGUCACUUUCCUCUACAUUGCCAAGGUGGCAAUGAGAGAGAGUCAGGAAUCCGAACUGUCGCAAUCCAUAUCGGCCACCUCGUUGUCUAACCGUAAUCAAAUGGCCGCGCGCAAGCACAAGCAUGUCAUUACAGCUGUCAAAAUCCAGUGGCGUGCUUUAUUGCUUGCCAUUGUGGCGCUUAUUACUGUGUUAUUCUACUGGAUCUUUUACUUUACUCAAAUCCAUCGCAUGUCCAGUCUUACCACAGACGAAGAUACCAUCCUUGCAUGGCUUGAGUGUAUGUUAAAUCCAGACAACACGCAGGAUGGAUGCACGAGUGUGGUCGGGAACCAUAUGCCGCCCUUUGGUUUGAUGAUCACGGCCGAAGCGCUGGUCAGCUUGAUUGGUCUGUGGGUAUUCUUGAUCUUUGGAAAACGAUCCCUUUGGCGAGAAUGGAAUGAUUUGAUCUAUGAUAUUCGUUUGUCACUUGGCGCUCGUGGUCGUCAUGAAAAGAAUGGUGAGCAAUUCUUUGCUCUCUGACGAUGAGAAAAAAACCAAUUUAUUAUAAAAGCACCUUUAAAAAAGCCUUCUUUUUUUACAACACCCCAUCUUUCCCCAAUCCGGGUAUUACUAUCUUUUGCCAGCAUACUUUCUUAUCCCACAGACAUUAAUUCUUUUACCAAAGGCAUCUCUGAAAACGAGUCAGACUGUAUUUAAGUAUCUUUUAUAUAUAUCACCAACAUUAAAAAAACCUAGCAUUUUCUAUACUACAUAAAAUCAGCAAG